CCCUCGCCUAUAAAUGAGAGGCAAAAGUCAUCAGACCCUUAGGCAACAAAGGUCAGCUUCCUUCUCUCCCUACUAGCUUCAUUCUUCUUCUCCCAAACAGACUGGAGUUCAUCAAGGAUCUCGUCCUGAAACUGGAGCCCACAAGCACUCAAAGGAAGAAGAGCAAGAAGACGGGCUCCCAGCCGAUACAAGGUAGGAGCGAACAACGUUAGGGUACUGUCGUUAUAUCCUGAGUUGAUAUGGUGACAGUGAGAGAAGAGACACGCAAAGGGCCAUGGACAGAGCAGGAGGACAUGCAACUGGUAUGCACUGUCCGUUUGUUCGGUGAACGCCGUUGGGAUUUCAUUGCCAAAGUAUCAGGUUUGAGGGGUGUGGGAUCCAAAAAUUAGGCCUCAACCGCACAGGAAAGAGCUGUCGCCUCCGGUGGGUUAACUACCUCCACCCUGGCCUAAAGCGUGGGCGCAUGACUCCCCAUGAAGAACGCCUCAUCCUCGAGCUCCAUGCUCGGUGGGGAAACAGGUGGUCCAGGAUAGCACGGAAGCUGCCAGGGCGUACCGACAAUGAGAUCAAGAACUACUGGAGAACACAUAUGAGGAAGAAAGCACAGGAGAGGAAGAGGAACGUGUCACCCUCAUCAUCUUCAUCCUCAGUGACAUACCAAUCCAUUCAGCCACAGACGCCAUCGAUCAUGGGAAUUGGCGAGCAGGAGCUUCAUGGUGGCAGUAGCUGCAUCACAAGCAUAUUGAAGGGCACGCCUGCUGACAUGGAUGGAUACCUCAUGGAUCAGAUAUGGAUGGAGAUUGAGGCACCCUCUGGGGUCAACUUUCAUGACGGGAAGGAUAAUUCAUACAGCAGCCCCUCUGGCCCUCUGCUACCAUCACCGAUGUGGGAUUACUACAGCCCUGAGGCAGGCUGGAAGAUGGAUGAGAUAAAGAUGGCCCCACAAGUUAGCUACAGUAAAGGAAUUGGCCCCAGUUAUUGAAGCCAUAUAUAUUGUAUCAGAUUACUAAGUUACUUGCAACCUAGCAGAAGUGAAAUGCUUUUGUUGAAAGAACCAUUAGCAUGGAUCUAAAAAGUAUUUAUAUCUAUCUAGCAUUCCAAGUGGGCUCAUGUUUUAUGUAUCUACUAUGUAGCAUCUAGUGUGCAAGACAUGUAAUGCAAGGACACUUCCACUCUGUAUUCACAAUAAUCAGCUAUCUCCUGUAAGACUUUUCCAAUGCAAACAUGAUUAGCAGGUGUUA